GGAGAUGACGCAAAUUCCGGUCUGUCAUGGCGGCGCCCUAAGAAGAGGCUGACGUCCGGCGGUCUCUCCCCGACGCUCGUCGCCCACUUGUACCUGUCUCCGGUGACCUGAGCCUGGCCGGACCCCGACGGACCCCGGCUCGCAACCAUGUGGCGGCGGGUGACGCGCGCCGGCGCUCCCGUCCUGAGCGUGCUCCCUUCAGGUUCUGGAGCUGCCCAGCCCCUCAGUGCUGGCAUGAAAACCUUCCUCCCAGUACCAACCUUUGAAGGCGUUUCCAUCCCUGAUAAGCCCAAGCUCAAAUUUGUGGAUCGGAUGCCACUCGUGCCAAAGGUGAAGCGGGAACCUAAGAACCUGAGCGACAUCCGAGGACCGUCCACCGAAGCCACCGACUUCACUGAGGGUAGUUUUGGUAUCCUGGCACUGGGCGGUGGUUACCUCCGCUGGGGCCAUUUUGAAAUGAUGCGGCUGACAAUCAACCGUUCUUUGGACACCAAGAACAUGUUUGCCAUCUGGCGUGUCCCAGGCCCUUACAAGCCCAUCACCCGCAAGGGUGUGGGCCAGCGCAUGGGGGGUGGCAAAGGCGCCAUCGACCACUAUGUGACACCUGUCAAAGCUGGCCGCCUCAUCGUGGAGGUGGGAGGCCGAUGCGAGUUUGGCGAGGUGGAGUCCUUCCUCAAGCAGGUGGCACACAAGCUGCCCUUCCCAGCCAAGCCCGUGAGCCGAGAGUCUCUGGAAAAGAUGCGCAGGGAGCAAAGGGAAAGGGAGCUCAACAACCAGAACCCCUGGACCUUUGAGCGCAUCGUCACUGCCAACAUGCUGGGGCUGAGGAAGGUGGUGAGCCCCUAUGACCUGACCCAGAAGGGGCGCUACUGGGGCAAGUUCUUCUUGCCUGAACGUGUCUAAUGGCAGUCUUGGGGAGAAGCUGCCUCCUCUCUCCUCCAGCUUCUCUUUAUGAACUUGUGAGCACUCCCAGAUGAAUGAAUGAUGUCUUGCAAAGCAUUGGGAUGAAGAGAAGCCGAGUGUGCAGCAAGUGACUCUUCUUUUGGGUCCUUGCCUCAGCCAAGAGAGACGUGGAUUCAGCUUCCCCCCAAUAUACCCUUGCUUUGUGACCCCAGGCAAGUGCUUAGUGCUCUUGGCAGCCAGAAGACUUGCUGACCUGCAUUGGUAAUGGGAGCUUUUUCACCCAAAAGAAAUCCUUAUCCCAGGGGUCCUUAGACCUUUUUUAUGAGUCUUGGUCCCUUUCGGCAGUAGGGUGAAGCCUGUAGAAACCCUUCUCAAAAUCACGUCUUUUAUAAAGAAAUGUUUAUUAAAAUAUCUUUAAAAAUCACAGGCCCCCAAUUAAGAACCCCUCUUCAUUCUCCCUGUGAGAUCCAUUGAUGCAGCUUAAUACAUUUACUGUAAUUUACAGUCAUAAAGGUUUUCUGGGACACCCAGACAUUUAUGAAGCACAACUUUGUGCCAGAGACUCCUCAGCACUGGGGAUGCAAAGAAAGAUAGUCUGACCUUCCCACGGCUGCCCAGCUAAGGGUGUUGGAGGCAGGAUUAGAACCAGACACUAAGGCCUGCCCUCAUCCACUCCAGUCCAUUGCAUCAGUGACUCAGAGGGAGGGGUGAGGCAGAGCUAAAGAGAGAAAGCAGCAGGAUAGCAAACGUUUUGGGAGGAAGGAAGCAGAAACCUUACCUCCACCCUUGCCCAUGCCCUCCGUGGUCUUCAGACUCGUGCCAUGCCACCCCCCCCCCCAAUACAAACCUUGGGCACAACUGUCUUCACUCAGUGAGACUUUAUUUGUUAAUACAUACUUGACAAUUCUGUAUUUUUGAUACAGCAACAGAGAAAUUGUAAUCGGGACCUAGGACCUCCUCUAUCCGGGCCAAUUGCCCACUAGUCCUUCUAGACUCGAUCUCAAUGAGACAACAGAAAGGCCAGGGGCACUGAAAACCUUAAAGGAGCCCAUAGCAGGGUUAGAUAUUUGUGUGACCAUCCAUCCCUAGUGUCGGCUCCUUUACUACACUCUAAGCUACCCUCUUAGACUCUAAGCUCUUGGUGGACAGGGUCUGUAAGCAUAUUUAACCAUCUCUAAUUCUCCCCUUCCUCCCAUCACUUAGCACUAUGCAAACAUAGUCCCAAUGUUGAUUGACUCAAAGCCUACAAUUCUGCGUGGUAUCCACUAAGGACUCCUGUGUUUCUGCCUGUAGCCCUGCCCCCUACCCUGCAAUUCAGGAGCUAAGUAAACACCCUCUUUACCUCCCCUCUCUCCCUGAGCUAAGUUCAGAAUUACAUGUACAAGCACUCCCCUCUCUUCUAAAACACGGAAGCAGGAGGGGAGAACAGUACGUUGGAUGGAGGUGGCACAAAUCUGAUUUUAGGUGCCAGAUUUUAAGAUAAUGAACAUUUCAAAGUGGAUGCCUCAGCAGAGAAAAGUUAGGACCAUGGACUGGGGGGUGCUUGGAGACCAUGUGGUUUACCCCCUUGUUUUACAAAUGAAGGAGAGAUGGUAGAUGACUUGCCUGUGGUUACAUAUCCACUGUUUGACAGAAUUUUAGUCCAGGUCUCCCUAAGGCCACGUCCAGCACUCUCUCCCCACCACAUCAGCUCCCUUGAGCCUUGAGAUACACUCGUUUAUGCUUGAGCUCUAUACCUGGAACAGUUGACCUUUUUACAAAAAUGCACCUCCUUAAAGAACCCCGCAGUGGAUCCUUUCAGAAUGUAAAUAAUCGCAUUUCAGUGAAUCAGUUAGCUUGAAGUCCCUGCUCUCUUCGGGAGAACCCUGGGGACAGAAGUAGAAACCAAAUGCUUUCUAUCACUACACACCAAACUGCUGGUCAGCAAGGUCAAGUUCUGUAGCCAGCAGGGAAGUGGUUGGGAAACACAUUGUAGGGAGAAGUGAAGCAGCAGCAUCUUCAUCUGUCUCACCUGACAACUGGGUUCUGAUUAGAUAUAGCCAAGUACAGUGCCAAGAGCAUUCCUUGGCUUUGGAGUCGAGACCUGGACUAAAAUCCUGCCUCUGCCACUUGAUAAACUGGGUGUCCUUGGGCAAGCUACCUGACCUUCAAGAGUCUUGGUUUCCCCAUCUGUAAAAUGAGGAAGUUGAACUGGAUGGUCUCUAAGAUACCCUGCAGCUUUAAAUCUCUGAAAUUAAUUGAAUCAGCACUUGCAGAAAGAGGGGAUAUAUAUAUAAUUUUUUGAAUAAACUUUUCGGGACUCAUUACUUUAAAUGUCCAACCUCCCAAAACAAGUUUAUAAACAAAAAUAGGCCCUUAGGAACUGUGUGACCCAAGGCAAGUCACUUCACCACUCGGCCUCAGUUUCCUCGUCUGAAAAAUGAAAGGAUGGAACUGGACAACCUCUGAGGUGCCUUAGACUACAAUCCUGUUCUCUCAGUGAUCUGUAGCUGUCGUUCUCAAUUAAAACCACAUUACCAACAAAA